AUGAUUGACAGAGCUAAUCGCCCGAUGCCAAAGCCGGAAAUGUUUGCAGCCCACCGUGCUAAAACACUUGCAGAGCUUAGAAAGCGCAAAUUAGAAGGUGUUGUCUUAAUUUACGGUUUCCCAGAGCCAACACGCGCACAUUGCGAUUUCGAACCAGUUUUCCGUCAGGAAUCAUGCUUCUAUUGGCUUACUGGUGUCAAUGAAGCUGACUGCGCUUACUUCCUCGAUAUCGAAACAGGAAAGGAAAUUCUUUUCUACCCAGACAUUCCACAGGAGUACAUCAUUUGGUUCGGUGAACUCUCAUCCAUUGAUGAUGUCAAGAAGAGAUACGGCUUCGAGGACGUCAGAUUAAUGCCAAAGAUUCAGGAAACCCUCGCAGAAUACAAGCUUAAGAACAUCCAUACACUCCCAGAGACCUGCCUUCUUAAAGGUUACGAUGCCCUCCUUAACAAGGAAGAGUUCAUCGAUGUUGUUGGCGAACUCCGUCAAUUCAAGGAUGAUGAUGAGAUGGUUCUCAUCCAGUACGCUUGCGAUGUCAACAGCUUGGCCGUAAGAGAUACAUUCAAGAUGGUUCAUCCAAAGAUGUGGGAAUAUCAAGUUGAAGCCAACCUUGCCAAGCACUACAUCGACCACUAUUGUCGAUGUUAUGCUUUCUCAACCAUUGUCUGUUCAGGCGAGAACUGUUCUAUCCUCCAUUACCACCACAACCACAAAUUUAUUGAUGAUGGCGAGCUUAUCCUUAUGGAUACUGGCUGCGAAUACAACUGCUACGCUGCUGAUAACACACGUACAAUCCCUGCUAACGGAAAGUUCUCAGAAGACCAGCGCGGAGUUUAUCAAGCCGUUUUAGAUUGCCACAAAUACGUUAUUGCUAAUGCAAAGCCAGGUGUUUACUGGCCAGACCUUGGCUACGAAUCAGCCAAAGUAAUGGCUGCUGGUUUGCUCAAGAUCGGAUUAUUCCAGAACGGAACAGUCGAUGAAAUUGUUGAAGCCGGCGCUCUUGCAGUCUUCUACCCACAUGGACUUGGACAUGGCAUGGGCAUUGACUGCCACGAGAUCGCUGGUUGGCCACGCGGUUCCUGCAGAGGAGAUAAGCCACAUGCUUCAUUUGUAAGAUACGGCAGAACUCUCCAGAAGGGUGUCGUCAUCACUGAUGAGCCGGGAUGCUACUUCAUCCGCCCAUCUUACAACGCUGCCUUCGCUGACCCAGUCAAGUCUAAGUACAUCAACAGAGAAGUCUGCGAAAGACUCAGAAAGACUGUCGGAGGUGUCAGAAUUGAAGAUGACCUCUACAUCACUGAAGAUGGCUGCAGAGUCCUCUCCAACAUUCCAAAGGAGAUCGACGAGAUCGAAGCAUUCAUGGCAAAGAAAGAAUAA